AGGUCACUACAUUUCCUGUCUUAUCUGCAUGGUGGUUGUUUCCUGUCCACAAAAGCAGCACUCUACAGAUGCACAUUUCCUGUUGCCGAUUUCAGUGUAAAUCCUCCUCAGAGAUAGAGAUAUAGCCUGUGGAGGCCACCAAACUAUACUAAACUCAUGGUCUUAUUCUUGGUACAGGUUUUUGAGCACUGUGCUUUGUUAUAUGGUGCAGUGUAAUGCUGGAAUUAGCCAAUCAAGAAUUGCGUUAGUUCAGGCAGGCCACGUCGUCAAGCAUGCAUCAGCUGAUAAUCAGCUGUUCAUGACGCGCACCAAUCUGGUUACGACAUCCAUAUUAUCCGACCCUUUAAAUUUCCAUUCUUUGAGCCGCUUUCUAGCGCAUUGCUGCUGCCACGAUUCAAACUUGGCAGCUAUUAAGAGUUUAAACCACAAGCUAACUCCUUUUGUGUUCCUGAUAUGGAACUAUAAGUGGUUGCGAUUAUUAUUAGUAUAUUCGAGCUCAAAGGAAAGUUUGAAUGUGCUUUAAAUUUACAGUGCGGAUUUCACUCAUACCAGUGGUCCAGGCUCAAAGGAGUCCUAAAGCUGUGGUGUCCAUAAAGCCUGAUACACAUGUGUUCACUGGGGAGAUUGUUACUCUCAGAUGUGAUAUACAGGGAGGAGGAAACACUCAGUGGACUUGCAGCUGGAAUAAAGAUAAUAACAAACUCUAUUCAAAUGGAAAUGAGAGAAAUUUCAUAGACAACACAAAGCAGGUGUUCAGAAUCAAGAAUGUUGAAGACUCUGACAGUGGAACCUACACCUGUAGAGGACAUGGGGGAUACAAUCAGAGCUCAGAGAUAAGUGAUGUUACACUGACUGUAUCAGUAAAACCCAAACCGACUGUGAGAGUGAAUCCUCAGAGCUCCGUCUACACUGGAGACACCGUCACUCUGAGCUGUGACAUACAGGAUGAAAGUGUCUCUAGCUGGCAGUACAGCUGGUAUAAAGAUACUUCACACAGUCCUGUCAGUAGUGAACAGGUGUACAGUAUCAGUGGUGUUGAAGUGACCCACACAGGUACAUACACCUGUAGAGGAACAGAGAGAAGAGGCUCACGCUCCUCACACUCCAGUGAUGUUAUUACACUGACUGUAUCAGAGAGACCACAGGCAGUACUGAGUGUAUCUCCACACAGCUGGCUGACUGAAGGAGACUCAUUGACUCUAAGCUGUGAGGUUACAGACUUCUCUACAAACUGGACAUUCAACUGGUACACAGUUGUUCCCUACAGAGACGGAUUAACUGGAAUAAAUAAUAAUCGUGGCUAUAUGGUGUAUGUGGAGCUCCUCUCAGACAGCAGCAGAGGAUCUGGAGGCAAAUACACUCUCAGUCCUGCUGCUCUUAAACACACAGGAGUUUAUAUGUGCAGAGGAGAGAGAGAAGAACCAGCCCUUCACACACAGUACAGCAAUCUACAGCCACUAUGGAUCACUGGUGAAUCUCCUCCAGUCUCUCUGAUCAUCAAUCCCAACAGAACUCAACACUUUACUAAUGACUUUCUGUCACUGAGCUGUGAGGACCAGAGUAGGUCUACUGGAUGGACAGUGAGACGAUACACACACAGUGAGAGAGUGUUACAUUGUUCAUACUGGGGAUCAGUUACAGGAUCUACAUGUAACAUCAGCUUCCUCUCCACAUCCUACACUGGAGUUUACUGGUGUGUGUCUGAAUCUGGAGAAAACAGUAAUCCCGUCAACAUCACAGUGCAUGAUGGUGAUGUGAUCCUGGAGAGUCCUGUCCAUCCUGUGACUGAGGGUCAUCCUCUGACUCUACGCUGUUUAUAUCACAUCCCAAAUCCCUCAAACCUCCGAGCUGAUUUCUAUAAAGAUGGAUCAGUUCUCCAGAACCAGACUACAGGAGAGAUGAUCAUCCAAACUGUCUCAAAGUCAGAUGAAGGUUUCUACCACUGUGAACACCCAGAGAGAGGAGAGUCACUGAAAAGCUGGGUCUCAGUCAGACAAGCUCCAUUCUCCGUGCUCAUGCUGAUCUGUAGUGUGGUGACGGCCUCUCCAUAUCUGCUGGUGACCAUCAUUCUGCUGCUCAUGUUAUAGAGCUCGAGAUCACACUGCAUUCUCAAUUCUGUCUUCAUCAGUCAUAGAGGCUUGAGCAAAAUUCAUCUAUAAAAAGAAGAUACAUUUACUAUAAUAUAUAUUAUUCCAGAAUUUCUUUUACUUUAUGGUUUUGUGUGGAUUUUAAAACAAUACUGAUUUGUCAUUUAAAUGUCCUGCUGUUAUUUGCUCAGCAUAUUAUAGACACCCUCAUUGUUGUGAAUGGCUUUGUUUAGUUAAUGUCUGCAAACCUCCUGAUGAGGUGUAAAUUACUGUGUGUGUACAGUAGUGUCCAAAAAGCCCCACAGCCAGCUUUUUUAUGCAAUAUAAAAAUGUUAUCUGAAAUAUGGUGCUAAUAUUGUGUUUUGUGUCUUCUCAGUAUUAGUUCUACCACUGCUGCAUUUGUACUGCUGUUUUUAUUCUAUUUGUUUGUGAGAUUUCCUCUAUAUGAAAUGUUUUGAUCAAUAAAAUAAAUCAUUAUCAAUUCAACACUGCGAUAUUGCUGUCUUUUCAUUGUCACUCUUGUCCCCUGCUAGAACAUUAGAAUUUAUCGCAUGGGAUUAAUAAGAUGUUUCUUUAAAGCAUAUAACUUGAUCCUAAAACUAUUAUUCGGUGUAGAGGAUAGAGGAUCUCUUUGCAGUAUAGAGGAUCUCUUUGCAGUAAAGUUCAGUAGUAAAUGGAGAAUU